CAAUAAACACAUGCCGGUCGCAACAUCUGCUCGUCCUUAAUCGAAGUAGCUGUAAAAGAUUCAGGUCAUUUUUAACCUUUCUCGGUUUUUGGAUAGUGAUGUGUUAACGAUUUCAUUUUUCUAGGAGCCACCUUUAUGUGAGAGUGCGGCCCAUCUGCAAAGGUCAGAGUCUCUUUAGAGUCAGGUGCCAUUCUCGACAUAAGCACCAACUGUUCGUUGCCCACGGGGUAUCGAACAAGCGCUCCUCCAGAGUCAGCGGAGCAACAGUGGAGGAGUGCGCAAACCCAUGGCUAAUCUUUGGUUCCUCCUGCUUCUUCACCUCACUGGUGUAUCAGUGACUACAGCCAGAUGUGCGGCACAGAAAUCCCAUGGAACUAUAAUGGGACCAUCGAGUCGCUAGGAUUUCCAAAUGAAUACUACGGGGACCAAUAUUGCUGGUACUACUUUUCUUUUCCGAAUACCUUCAGCACCUGGAGAAUCAGCUUCACCUACUUUAACCUCCCGAACACAUCAUGUGACAGUGACUUCAUCGAGGUCUACUCUUACUCACCAACCCAAAGGUUUUGCCAGAACUCGACUCCUCCUGACCUGAGAGAUGUCUACCGCAUUUUAUUUAAUUCCAGCUUGAACGCUUCCGCCGGCUUUGGGUUUCAAGCUAAUGUCAGCAUGGUGCUAGAAUGUGGAAAUGCAGACAUACGGCUCCACAAAAAUAUUUCGUAUUCCUUGAGAUUUAGACAGAAUUACCCAAUGCAAGGAAGAUGUGAAUGGGCGCUAACCGCAGACCAGGGACUCACCAUCAUGAUGAUAGGUUACUUCUAUGGCAGCGAGUCCAGAAAUCAACAAAUUAGAAUGUACAGAGGACCAACCAAAGAUGAAAAUUCUUUGAUCACAGUUAAAUCCAGAUACAACAUGAUUACAUUAGAUGAGGCAUCCAACAACAUACUCGUCGAAUACAUCGCCAGCUACACAUCUUACUUCGAUCUCUCAGUGAUGUUCUUGGCUACAGAGAACUCCACGUGUGGUUCAGUGACAAAUGCCAGCGCUGGAGACAUCGAUCUUAGCACAUAUUCAUCUGAUUACAUCAACGGAUACCACAGGAACGGAAUCUGCGUCUGGAGUAUUGAAGUUGAAGAGGACGAAAUCAUUCAGCUCCUCAUUACAGAAUUACACAUAGAAACGGAAACCAGAUGUAACGAAUACGCACGCACUUAUCUGGCGAUUUACGAUGGAUCACAAACAGACGGCAGCUUACUUGUGCGAUUGUGCAGUGCUGAUGUACUGCCCAGCUAUAACCCUGUAACAUCUACCACCCGGCGUCUUGUGGUUGUGCUGACCCUUGACGAAGACUUUGGCUUCACUCGGGCUGCUUUUGCAGCUCGUUACAAGUCUUUCAAUGAAUCUGCCAUUCUGAGAGAUUGUGGCGGGGACAUUUCUGGUGAAGAGGGUGUUGUGUCGUCUCCAAACUACCCGGCCAACUACGACAACCUGCGAGUGUGCGAGUGGAGGAUCACAGUGGAAGAGUUUUUCAACAUCAGGGUGGACAUACAUGACCUCGACAUUGAAUCCUUGUUUAACGAGUCUUUCUGUGAUGGGGAUUCUUUGCUGAUCACAGGUGCAUACCCCUCAGGGCAGGUCUACCGAUUAUGUGGAAGGCAUGUCAACAAAUAUGGACUUGUGAUAUAUUCUGCGAGCAACAACUUGACGAUGAGGUUUGUCUCUGACUGGGAGAAUAAUGGACGAGGGUUUAAUGCAUCGUGGAGAAAAGCAUGUGAGUGGCCACUGAAGACUUCCAGCGGCUGGAUACAGUCGCUACGGUUCCCCGCCACCUACCUGGACAAUCUGAGCUGUUCGUAUUUUAUAGGGGAACGUACCUAUCAACCUGGCAUAUCUUAUAUCUUCACUUUCGAAACCUUUGAUCUACAAGAACCUGAUUCCAACGGAUCUUGCAUAUACGAUUAUUUGGAGAUCCUGCAAGUUCCAUCCUAUAACCCGGGAUACUUCGUACCUCCAGAGGCCAAGAAGGUCUGUGGAAAAGCACCAAUGCAAAGCUUGACCACCUAUUUUCCAACUACCCUACACUUUGUCACAGACGGCAAUAUAACAAAGGGUGGCUUCAACAUUUCGUUUGUGUCGACAAUGGCUGGGUGCGGUGAAAGUCUACUUGUCGGAGAAGAAGGUUUCAUCACAAGUCCUAAUCACCCAGGAGUAUUUCCUCUAUUCCUUCGAUGUAACACUACCAUACGAGUACAACCUGGACACAAAAUCCUUUUGACCUUCACCUCAUUUUUCUUGAGUGAGAACUUGCAGCCAGAUAACGGACAAGAGUGCAGGUGGUGGUCUGAAGCUUCCCUGGACAUCUACGACAGACUUUCGACAGGAUCAGCUUGGAUCGGGACGUAA